AUGCUUGAAGUCGAUCGAAAGAAAAACAUAAUAAUGCAGCAGGCCUGUGACUCAUGUCGACUACGGAAAAUGAAAUGCUCACAAGAAUAUCCUUAG